AUGCCACUCACGGAACUCUCCCCCAACAAACGCAAAGCUGACCAUUUUGAGAAAAAGCAUCGAUAUGUAUCCGAUACCGCCUCGACUCACUCUUUAGGUUCCAGUGCAGUCCAGGGUAUGCUUAGGAACACCACCGAAACUGGUGACACCGGUCUAUUUGCCGUUCGACCACCUCGGAUCCCUCGCUCCGGUUCUCGCCUCCAGUCUACCAGACAGCGUUCGGGCUCCUUUGACACAUCAUUUGCAUCUCAGCUUCGCCAUCAAAAAUCACCACGUACGAAACGCUCCCAUCGCCAUUAUGGCCCACGGCAAGCUGCCUCCCUUUCUGCCUUUUCAGGCUGUGACACCCCAUACUCCAACGCUGCUUCUUUCCACCAGGGCAUGAGGUCGAGGCGUGCUGCCCCUCGUUACAGAUCUCAGGCUCUUGCUGGGUUGACUAGUCCAGGCGGCCGGCUGCAUCAUCUCCAGACUCAUCGGUCUCUGGUGACAUUACGCAGCCACAGAGACUUUCACAGCCUCCACUCUGGAUCACCCAUGGUAUAUUCUGCUCACGCAAGCAGACCUGGGCAUCGAGGCUCUUCUCCCGCACUAAGUGAGGCUCAGUACGGCUAUGGGUUAAGAUACGGCUAUCCUAGAGUUGGCAGUGCUUUGACUGUUGCCUCUUCCCCUGCAACAAUGUAUCCUGGCCAGUCCGGCCUACGCGGGUACCAUCCUGAUGUAAACAAUUCGAUUUCCUCGUUCAGUCGCCUGCCUUCUCCUGCAGUCUCGUCAAUGAACGUUGCCUCUAUGAAUGGAUACCCAAUGAACAGGACAACAACACCGCUAUCCAAUUCUCUGCAAAAUGCCCGUGGAGUUUGGAAUAACAGUGCCACUUCAAUGAGAAUCUUGCCCCAAUCGCCAACUGGCUCCAUCGGCCCUCACUACUAUGAUUACACAGAGUCAUUCUUGGAAGAAGACUGUUUCUCCCCUAUGGGAGAAGAACCAAAUUCAAAUCCUCCCUUCAACAUGGACGAGGCUAUCCUAGGGGAUGAACCGGUACCAGAACGCCGUCAAGCACAGUCGCCAUUCGGCACACUUCCAGGUUCAACAUUCAAACCUUCCGAGCUACCAACCUCACACAAUCGAUGGGUAAGUGAAUUGUCAAAGCAUGGUUACGCCGGAAUCAUACCACGUCGAGUUUCCAGCUUGGCCGCCACCCGAACUCCUGUACCUAGCACCAAAGGCUCCUCCAGGAGAGGUCAGAGCUUGCGCCAUGCUGUCGCUGGACCGUUGGAAGAUGACCAUGCAAGAGAUAACAAAGACAAUCACCGGACUUCCUCUGCUUCUCGGAGGACUUGUGGUUCGGCUCAUUCCAGCGCAUUUUUCGUCAAUGCCAGCCGCAGUCCCCGUGACCUCACCACUCUUGCUGCUCGAGUCCACUCCCCUAUCCUUGAUAGACGCAAUUAUGCUGCCUCGAUAUCCGGAUUGGUCGACCAUAAUGACAAUCUUGAGUUUGACACAAGUGUAAAGCCAAGUUUCGAAGAUCUUCAAUCAGAAUGGACACUACCCUCUUUCUCUUUUAGACCACUCUCAUUUUCAUCUUAUACUGGCAAGCUUGGCGAUCGACCAAAGACUUCAGGCGAUAUCCCCACUGGAGAACCAAGUGAAAUCCUCUCUCCAAUGCCAGAACGGCCAAUGUCUUCUCAAAGCAGGAAGAGAUUCAGCCGAAUCUUGGAAAUUGAAGAUGAUUACCAUUCAAGCGAAGCAAAAAUGACGCACCAGUCACUUCCAGGUCAGACCUUCAGAAAACUUACUGCUGUGGAGGAGCAGGUUGACCAGCAAGCACCUGAGAGAUCAGAAGUCUGUAGUGGCGAUCCAGAUCAUCCUGAUUCCACACCAUAUAGUCGGAAUAUUCAUUCUCAAAAUGAUGCAAUUGCACGAUCAUCUUCUGUGGUUGGAUACGCGAGAGCCAAGAUCACCAUUCAUGAAAAGUCGACUGUCGAGUCUCUCCUUGACAGGCAUAUUGAGUGCCUGGGGCUUGACGAGAGCUACAGUCCCUUCGAAGUUGAUGACGGCCCUGGUAGAACAGUUCCCGACCGAGGCACCAGGAGUACCUUUGGGUUGAUAUCAAUUCCACCUUCAGCGACGUCGCAAAUACGAAUGCGGCCAUCUACUUCAAGCUCACAGCAACAUACCAGCCUAGCGAGUUCAGAGAGAAGAAGAUUGAUGCCUCGACGACUUUUUGCGAGCAUGGAUGCCAGACUGCCACCGGGUGCUAUUUUAGGUGAUUUUCCAGGUUCAGUAUCUCAAAUAUCUUCAGGAACUUCUCGAAACUACUUGCGUUCGUCUGGAUGGCAGACACUACCAUCAACAGUUGGGCACACGAGCGAAGAAUCCACCAAGAGCUGCUCUUUGACUUCUGGAGACAUGGGCGACCUAGACUCGGACCCUCCACCAAGAAGAUUCAAAGUCAAUCGGCGAUCAGGGUUGACAAUAAGCCCAUCGAUGCCAAGUGAGCUAUCCAGGGUGACCGAAGUUGACUCUGACACCGGAGACAAGAAUGUCUCUCACCGAAGAUCCAAAAGUGACAUUCUAGCCAGACAAGUGUCUCAUCAGCGACGACGCAUGCGAAUACUGUUGAAGACUCAGCACAAAGUGGCAAUGGCUGAUCAAGUGAUGCAGGUCAGAGAGAGCUUACGCAGAUCUGAGGAUAUUCCAGAGCCCUUGGGACCAGAUGAGAGCUGGACCACAGAAGAGUCACAAAUUGAGCCACACAUCGUGUCUCCUGUUUUGGGUUAUGCUGAACUCAGUGCCGAGUCUAUCGCUGCAAAUCCUGCUACCGAUACAACAUUGCCCAGCGUCUUACUGUCGAGCUCCUAUCCGACGAGAUGGGCCAGUGUGAUAGCUGCAAUGCCACAGCCAGUAAAGAAAGGGAUUGAGCUCGUUCGGAAAGCGUCAGCCAGGACUGUUCGGUCACACAAAAGCAAUACCAGUAUCAUCGAACCCAUGAACAGCACUCGACAGAACACGCUUAUGCCACAUCUCGGCUCUGUGCCCCAAUUGGCGGCUCCCGAGUUUGGGCCUCCAUUGACCUCUUCAGAGCUGAAUCUCGCACUUAAAUUUCCUGGACUGCCAGCUCCGAUGCGGCCUCCUUUGCACAAAGUCCAGAGCUUUCUGUCCGAUAACAGUUCAUCGUUGUUGCCAGGAAGUGCAGUCAAGAGAAGAUUCGACAUCCACAGCCUGAGAAGCGGUGUUACAAGAUCGUCAGGGGUGCUGCGGCAUCGCCAGCCACAGGUUCAUUCCCAUGGAGAAGGUUUGAAGCCAAGCCAGUCGUGGCAACUCAAGGGUCAGAAAUCUUUCGAAUACCCGCAAUCGUCUGGAGGAGACACCAUUGCAAUGUCGGAUUUUCAGUAUCGAAAGAGGAAGGUGUUGGAGAGAUUGAAAGACUGGUGGAAACGACAAUGUAUGAAACGGACACUUGCCAUACUCAAGAAGAAGCAUGGGAACAGCGUCCGCCAUGGUCCAUACAUGUGA